CCAAACGGCAUGUUUCGAUUAAGGAGAAACACCUUUUCGAAGUUUAAGAGCCACGUCCUCAGCAACGAGCGGCGUGUCACACCAGCUGGCCAUCGAUAUUCGACGGAAAGUGCGAUUCCCGAAAGCGCCGAUGUGGUUAUUAUAGGUGGUGGAUCGGCCGGCUGCAACACACUUUACCAGCUGGCGAAGCGGGGCGUCCGUGCGGUUCUGCUCGAGAAGUCCAAGCUGACGGCCGGUACGACCUGGCACACGGCCGGCCUAGUAUGGCGCCUGCGACCGAACGAUGUCGAGAUCCGACUGCUUGCCGCUACGCGCGAUGUCCUGAUGAACCUCGAGGAGGAAACGGGCCAUAAUUCCGGGUGGAUCAACAACGGUGGUCUGUUUAUUUCCCACUCGCCGGAGCGGUUGGACGAGUACCGGCGACUGGCAACGCUCGGCAAGUGCUUCGGAAUCGAGUCGCACAUCCUAUCACCGGAGGAGGCGCAGAAAGUGUUUCCACCGCUCGAUCCGGCCUCGUUCACCGGUGCCCUGUACUCGCCCGGCGAUGGCGUGGUCGAUCCGGCCAACAUGUGCACCGCCCUCACCCGAGGGGCCACGGCAAACGGAGGCCGGGUGAUUGAGGGUUGCACCGUGUCGCAGAUCGUGACCGGGGAGAACCUGCUCGGCAUGAAGGAUGUGCGUGGGGUGGUCACCGACAAGGGUAUGAUCCGGACGAACACGGUGGUGAACGCGACAGGCGUUUGGGGUCGCGAUUUGAUCGAACCGCUCGGCGUCUACCUGCCGCUGAUUCCGAUGAAACACGCGUACGUCGUGUCGGAGACGAUGGACAGCAUCCACCAGAUGCUGCCGAACGUGCGCGACCACGACUUCUCGCUGUACUUCCGCAUCCAGGGCAAGUCGAUCUGCAUGGGCGGGUACGAGAACAACCCGAUCCUGCUGAACCGCGUGCCCGGCGACUUCCACUUCGGGCUGUACGAUCUCGACUACUCCGUGUUCGACACGCACAUCCAGGGCGCGGUGAAGCUGUGCCCCGAGUUCGGACAGGCCGGGAUCAAGAGCACGAUCUGCGGGCCGGAAUCGUUCACGCCCGACCACAAGCCGCUGAUGGGACCGGAUCCGACGGUGAGCGGGCUGUUUCACAGCGUCGGCUACAACUCGGCCGGCAUGAUGCUUGGCGCCGGCUGUGCCGAACAGCUGGCCCAGUGGAUCAUCCACGAUCGGCCCGAGCGGCACAUGUUCGCGUACGACGUGCGGCGCUUUACGCCGAAGCAGAAGAAGGCGGUCAACUGGGCGACGGAGAGGAGCCACGAGGCGUACGCGAAGAACUAUAGUAUUGUGUUUCCCCACGACGAGCCGCUGGCGGGACGAAACUUUACCGUCGAUCCGUUCCAUAAGCAAAUGAUUCAGUAUGGCGCCGUGAUGGAAGAACGGCACGGCUGGGAACGGCCCGGUUACUUCCUGCCCGACGAAACGGUCGUAGUUCAACCGUACGACUGGUACGGUUACUACGAUUACCCCAAGAACUCCAACACGCACUACGAGGAGGCACUUCGAGGUGACUACACCUUCGGAUUCUCGGAGCACCAUGACUUGAUUGGCGAAGAGGCGCUCACGUGUCGUCAUGAUGCCGCCCUGUUCAAUCUCAGCUAUUUCUGCAAGCUAUUUCUAACCGGCAGCCAGGCGAAGGAGGCCGCGGAGUGGAUUUUCACGGCCAACUUGGAUAAACCGGUGAACAAAACUAUCUACACGUGCGCGCUGAAUAAGAAGGGUGGUGUGGAAGGAGACGUCACGGUGAGCCUUCUGGAGUCAGGACUUGGAGGACUCCACGAUCCCAUUUUUAAGGGUCGUGGGUAUUACAUCGUAGCGGGUGGUGCGUCCGCCUACCACACCAAGUGUCACAUCUUGUCGGCAAUUCAGGAGAAAGCGUUCCGGGCCGUCGUAAGCGACCAAACGGAUGAGCUCGGCGUCCUGUCGCUGCAGGGCCCGAAGAGCCGUGAAAUUCUGCAGAAGAUCACCGACUUUGACCUGUCCAACGAUCAGCUGUUGCCACCGAACUCGACCACCAUUCUGACGAUCAACAUUAACCCGCACUACAGCUGCAGUGUGCGCGUGCUGCGGGUCAGCUUCGUCGGGGAGCUUGGCUACGAGCUGCACAUUCCCGAGGAGAGCUGCAACGAUGUGUACAAUGCGCUGAUGAAGGCGGGUUACAAGGAAAGCCUCCGGAAUGCUGGCUACCGAGCGCUAUACUCACUAAGCAGCGAAAAGGGAUACCAUCUGUGGGGUUACGAUCUCCGUUCGGAUGACACACCGAUCGAGGCUAAUCUAGGGUUCGUGUGCCGAAAGAAUGGCGAGUACCAGGGCAAGGAAGUGAUCGAGCGUCAGCUCGCCAACGGUGUGAACCGGAAGCUGGCGUUCUUUACCCUGCGUGACCAGGUACCACUCUGGGGUCUGGAGGCGGUCUACCGCGAUGGAGAGAUCGUUGGACACUUGCGGCGCGGCGAGUACGGCUACACACUGCAGAAACCGAUCGCCCAGGCAUACGUACAGCGAUCCGAUGGCAGCACGAUCACCAACCAAUACCUCCAGACCGGCCGCUACCAGAUCGAGGUGAUGGGCAAGCUGUACGAUGCCGAUUGCCAUCUGCGAAGCCCCUUCGAUCCGAAAGGUCAACGGAUGCUGGGAAUAUAUAAAUAA